AUGUGCACCACCCUCUUCCUGCUCAGCACCUUGGCCAUGCUCUGGCGCCGCCGAUUCGCCAACCGGGUCCAACCAGAGCCCAGUGGAGUAGAUGGGGCAGUUACAGGCGCCAGCAUGGAAAAAGACUGCCAGUCCUCAGGCAGGGAAAAAGAGCCUCUGAAGUAAGCCCUCACCUCCUCAGGUGGGGCUCAGCCCCAGGGCCUGAGAUCAGCUGGCCAAGGCAGCUCAAGUCCUGGUUUGCCUGCUACCCCUGAAGGACGCUGUGGUGGAAGCAGCAGCUGCAGGAGGGAGGAUGGGGACAGGGAC